AUGGGACAGUCUCUAACUACCCCCUUAAGCCUCACUCUACAGCACUGGAAGGACACCCAGAACAUCGCUCGUAGUCACUCUGUAGAGAUCCGGAAAGGAAAAUGGGACACCUUCUGCUCUUCAGAAUGGCCGACAUUUAACGGCGGCUGGCCACGAGAUGGCACCUUUAACCUAGAUAUUAUUUUGCAGGUUAAGGCGAAAGUCAUGGAUUUAGGGCCACACGUCCACCCGGACCAGGUACCCUACAUUGUUACUUGGGAAGCCCUGGCCCGGGAACCACCCUCAUGGGUCAAGCCGUUUGUCACCCCCAGCCCCCUUGCUGUUCCCUCUGCCCCUGCCCUACCUCCUCCGCUGGUCCCCACACCCUCUAAGUCUGCCCUCUACCCAGCUAUAACAAAGCAGACCCAAGGACGUGAUCCAGGGGGCAAAAAGACACCGACGCCCCCGGUACUGCCAGCAGAUGAUGGCCCCUUGUUGGACCUGCUGACUGAAGAACCUCCUCCCUAUAGGGACCAAGAGCCGGGAGAAGCCGCCGCACCCGGACCCCAGGAGGAACCGGCUCCUUCCCCGAUGGCGGGGCGAUUGAGAGGGCGUCGAGAGGCCCCUCCAGAUUCCACAUCUCAGGCUCUCCCAUUACGAGCGGGACCCAACGGCCAGCUCCAAUACUGGCCUUUUUCCGCUUCAGAUCUAUAUAACUGGAAAAACAAUAACCCCCCUUUCUCUAGGGACCCUUCUAGACUCACUGCUUUAAUCGAGUCCAUUUUAGUAACCCACCAGCCCACCUGGGACGUUUGUCAGCAGCUGUUACAGGCCCUCCUGACCACCGAGGAGAAGCAACGGGUCAUUUUGAAAGCCCGUAAAAACGUUCCGGGGGAUAACGGGCAGCCUACUCAGUUGCCAAACGAGAUCAACAAGGCCUUCCCCUUGGAACGACCUGAUUGGAACUUCGCCAUGGAGGACGGUAGGAAUCACUUACGUCUCUAUCACCAGUUGCUGAUAGCGGGUCUCCAUGGGGCAGCAAAGCACCCCACUAAUUUGGCCCAGGUUAAGUUAGUGACCCAAGGGUCAGAGGAAUCUCCCUCCACCUUCCUAGAACGACUAAAGGAAGCCUAUCGUGUGUACACCCCCUAUGAUCCGGAGGACCCUAACCAGGCUACCAAUGGGAGUCGGGGUCAGGAGCCUCCCCCUCAACUCAGGAUAACCCUUAAUGUGGGGGGGCAACCCGCCACCUUCCUGGUGGACACUGGAGCCCAGCAUUCGGUGCUCACCACCUCACCGGGACCCCUGACUGACAAAUCGGCGUGGGUUCAAGGAGCCACCGGAGGGAAAAGGUACCGAUGGACAACUGAAAGAAGAGUACAACUCGCCACCGGUAAGGUGACUCACUCCUUUUUACAUGUUCCUGAUUGCCUUUAUCCUCUGUUGGGGAGAGAUCUAUUAAUAAAACUCAGGGCACAAAUCCACUUUGAAGGGACUAAGGCCCACAUUACUGGGCCACAGGGACAGCCUUUACAUGUGUUAACCAUGAAUCUGGAGGAUGAAUACCAGCUUCACGAGCCUGAAAGGCCUCAGCCGCAAGAAAUGACUGUCUGGUUAGAAAAAUUCCCUUUAGCCUGGGCAGAAACAGGGGGAGUGGGUCUCGCAACCCACCAACCGCCCCUGGUAAUUACUUUAAAGGCAUCGGCAACUCCUAUUUCCAUUAAGCAAUAUCCGAUGUCGCAUAAAGCUUACCAAGGAAUUAGGCCCCACAUUCGGAGGCUUUUAAACCAGGGCAUCCUGGUACCUUGUCAAUCCCCCUGGAAUACGCCUCUCCUUCCGGUCAAAAAGCCAGGGACGGGAGACUACCGCCCAGUGCAGGACUUGAGAGAAGUCAAUAAAAGGGUAGAGGAUAUACACCCUACAGUUCCUAACCCGUACAAUUUGUUGACUGGGCUUCCUCCGACGCACACCUGGUAUACGGUAUUAGACCUUAAGGAUGCAUUCUUCUGCUUGAGGCUCCACCCUCGGAGUCAGCCCAUCUUUGCCUUCGAGUGGAAGGACCCGGAAUUGGGAAUGUCGGGCCAGCUCACUUGGACCAGGCUCCCACAGGGGUUCAAAAACAGCCCCACCUUAUUUGAUGAGGCGUUGCACCGGGACCUGGCCGACUUUAGGGUUCACUACCCUGCCUUAAUCUUGCUCCAAUAUGUUGAUGACCUCCUCCUGGCUGCGAAAACUGAGGAAAAAUGUCAGGAGGGAACAAAGGCCCUCUUGAGGACUUUAGGAACUCUAGGAUACCGGGCCUCAGCCAAAAAGGCCCAAUUAUGCCAGAGGCAGGUUACAUACCUGGGCUACCAAAUCAGAGAUGGACAGAGAUGGUUGACAGAGGCGCGGAAACAGACAAUCUUAAAAAUUCCGGUGCCCAAAAGCCCGAGACAACUAAGAGAGUUCCUGGGUACGGCGGGGUUCUGCCGCCUCUGGAUUCCAGGGUUUGCGGAAAUGGCUGCGCCACUUUACCCACUCACCAAGCAGGGGACUCUCUUUACGUGGGGAGAUGAGCAGCAGAGAGCCUAUGCAGCCAUAAAAGAGGCCCUGCUAACCUCCCCCGCGUUGGGGCUUCCGGACUUAAACAAGCCCUUUGAGCUGUUUGUGGAUGAAAAACAGGGAUAUGCUAAAGGAGUCCUGACUCAAAAACUGGGACCAUGGAGGCGUCCGAUAGCUUACCUGUCCAAGAAACUUGACCCGGUGGCCUCGGGAUGGCCACCCUGUCUGAGGAUGGUGGCAGCAAUUGCCUUCUUGACUAAAGACUCUGGCAAGCUGACUAUGGGACAGCCAAUAACGAUUUUGGCUCCUCAUGCAGUGGAAACCCUGGUCAAACAACCUCCGGGCCGAUGGCUUUCCAAUGCCCGCAUGACCCACUACCAGGCUCUACUGCUGGACACUGAUCGAGUAUACUUUGGCCCUAUAGUAGCUCUCAAUCCGGCAUCACUGCUUCCCCUACCGGAGGGUACAGAAACUCAUGACUGUCUCCAGAUACUCGCAGAGGUACAUGGCACCCGGCCCGACCUGACCGACCAGCCCCUCCCUGACGCCGACUUCACCUGGUACACCGACGGGAGCAGCUUUCUGGACAACGGAAAACGGAGAGCAGGGGCCGCGGUCACCACCGAGACUGAGGUAAUUUGGGCUAAGGCCCUACCACCUGGCACUUCAGCACAGCGGGCUGAACUCAUCGCCCUAACUCAGGCCCUCCAGAUGGCGGAAGGUAAGAAGCUCAAUGUUUAUACCGAUAGCCGCUAUGCCUUUGCCACUGCUCACAUCCAUGGGGAAAUAUAUCGGAGAAGAGGGUUGCUAACCUCGGAAGGAAAGCAGAUCAAAAAUAAAGCUGAGAUAUUGGCCCUGCUUAAAGCAUUGUUUUUACCCUCAAAACUGAUCAUCAUCAAUUGCCCCGGCCACCAAAAGGGAGACAGCCGAGAAGCCAGGGGUAACCGCUUGGCGGACGUAACUGCCUGAGAAGCGGCGAUUCGAGGAAGCUCAGAUACCUCCCAGCUCCUGGCUAUAGAACCGGCCGAGGCAGAGGUCCCCUCCAUUCAGGAAUCCCCCUUCCACUAUAGUGAGAAAGAUCAGGACCUCCUAAAAGAAAUGGGGGCCACUUACAAUCCCACGCUAAGACUCUGGACUUUCAAAGAAAAACCUGUGUGGCCCCUGCAACAGACUCGUAACCUGAUUAAAUACCUCCACAAACUGACUCACCUUAGCUCCAGGAAAAUAAAAACCCUCCUAAAAAGGGAAGAAAGCUCCCACUAUCUGCUGGGGAGGGAUAAAAUUCUACAGCAAGUGGCUGAAGAGUGCACAGCAUGCGCCCAAGUAAAUGCAGGACGCCAUAGGGUAGGCCCGGGGACCAGGAUCCGGGGACAUCGCCCCGGCACCCACUGGGAGAUUGACUUCACAGAGGUAAAACCUGGACUCUAUGGAUAUCGGGUCUUACUGGUAUUUGUGGACACCUUCUCGGGAUGGGUAGAAGCCUACCCCACCAAACAUGAAACUGCUAAAAUAGUCACCAAAAAGCUUCUGGAAGAAAUCUUCCCCAGGUAUGGCAUGCCCCAGGCGUUGGGCUCUGACAAUGGCCCUGCCUUCGUCUCCCAGGUAAGUCAGUUAGUGGCCAAACUGUUGGGGAUCAAUUGGAAAUUACAUUGUGCAUAUCGUCCCCAGAGCUCAGGGCAGGUAGAACGAAUGAAUAGAACUAUCAAAGAGACCUUAUCCAAAUUAACGCUGGCAACUGGCUCUAGAGACUGGGUGGUCCUCCUCCCAUUGGCCCUAUACCGGGCCCGGAACACCCCGGGCCCCCAUGGACUCACUCCUUUCGGGAUCCUGUAUGGAGCCAAACCACCGGUCGUUAACUUCUUUGAUCCCUGUGUAGCCUCCUUUGCUGACAGCCCCUCUUUAAAAGCUCAUUUGCAGGCACUGCAGAUUGUCCAGAAAGAAGUCUGGAAACCCAUCGCUGCUGCAUACCAGGAACAGCUGAACCGACCGGUGGUGCCGCAUCCGUUCCAGAUCGGAGACACAGUUUGGGUCCGCCGACAUCAAACCAAGAACAUGGAACCCCGCUGGAAAGGACCAUAUACUGUGUUGCUAACAACCCCGACGGCGCUCAAGGUCGACAGUAUCGCAGCAUGGGUACACGCCUCCCAUGCCAAAGCGGCUCAUCGCGACGCAAAGCAAGAUCAGACUCCAGCCUCCUCAUGAAAACUCCAUCGCACCCAAAAUCCACUAAAGAUAAGACUGGCUCGGGGGGGGGGGCCCUAAUAGGUUUAUAAGUAGUCUUGCAGAAUAGAAGGGGGCUAGAUAUCCUCUUCUUACAAAAAGGAGGACUAUGUGCAGCUUUAAAGGAAAAAUGUUGCUUUUAUGCUGACCAUACUGGAUUGGUAAGGGAUAACAUGGCUAAACUCAGAAAAAGACUCAGACAGAGACAGCAAUUCUUUGAGUCAGGACAGAGCUGGUACGAGAGAUGGUUUAGUCGGUCCCCCUGGAUUACCACCCUGAUCUCCUCCAUUAUGGGUCCCCUAAUCAUAAUUCUCCUGAUUCUGCUAGUUGGGCCUUGUAUCCUAAAUCGGCUAGUUCAGUUUAUAAAGGACCGGCUCUCCGUCAUACAGACGUUAGUGCUAACCCAGCAAUAUCAUCAACUCAAGCAGCUGGAGACGGAGAUUGACUCUCCCUAGACCCGUAGAAUGAAGGAUUCCAUUCUAAGCUAAAAGAAAAAUGGGGGAAUGAAAGAAUAAAGCCCUAGCAUAAUGCUGGCAACACUAUUUUGCAAGACUGGAGCAGUGCAGGGUCAGAGGCAAGGCAGGACAGAUGCCCAACAGCAGGAUAUCUGCGGUUGGGCGCCUGAAACACUCUGGGCACCCAAGAUAAG